GCAGUGCACUCCUCACACUUUCAGGCAAGCACGGGAGGUGAGCUCGAGCCAGAGCAGCGUGCGGUUGUAACACGACUUCCGAUUGGUUUACCUCUUGCAGCGAUUAUGUCAAACGGACCACCAUUGGACAGCAAUACGUAGGCGGAGUCGUGCAUGGCAUUUCAUUGAUAUAGCCUACAGCUGGUGGCUACAGAUUCGCCACACGGAGUGGAAGGGCUAUGAAAGUGACGAAGGUUUGAUGUAGGGUUUUUGUUUUAAGAAGGCUCGAGAAGUGUUUUAUUAUUUUAAAGAGUGGCAUACCAAAGAUUUCCACAAUACACAGCCAAAAUGCUCUGCCACGUUACUCGUCCGGAUUCGGUGGUGAUGGAAGUGGAAGUUGAUGCGAAGGCGAACGGUGAAGACUGUCUGAAUAAGGUUUGCAGAAAGUUGGGCAUAAUUGAAGUGGACUACUUUGGGCUGCAGUUCACAGGCAGCAAAGGAGAGAACCUGUGGCUGAAUCUGAGGAACCGCAUCUGCCAGCAGAUGGAUAAUGUGACGCCCUGUCGACUGAGGCUGCGAGUCAAAUUCUUUGUGGAGCCCCAUCUCAUUCUGCAGGAACAGACGAGACACGUCUUCUUCACGCACGUGAAGGAGGACCUCCAUAACGGUCAUCUACGUAUGGGCUCAGAACAAGCAGAGGAGCUGAGCUCACUCCUGGCACAGGCCGAGUUUGGUGACUACAACCAAAACACAGCGAAGUACUGGUACUCCGAGCUGUGUGGAGAGGAGCCCAGCACUGCCACUAUGAACAGCAUUGUAUCUAGACACAAGGCUCUGGAAGGUUUGAUCCCCGGCUCAGUGGAGUAUCAGGCCCUGCAGCUGGUCUCCUCUCUGGAGCAUUACGGCGUGGAGUGGCACUGGGCGCGUGACGCAAAUGGCCAACGGCUUGCCAUCGGGGUCGGUCCCGAGGGUAUCGCCAUUUGCAGGGAGGACUUCAGCUUAGUCAACAGAGUGAGCUAUCCAAUCAUCCAGAUUGCCACCCAGUCGGGGAAGAGUGUGUACUUGACAGUAACCAAGGACACAAAUGACAGUGUGGUGCUUUUGUUCAAGCUGAUCAGUAACCGGGCAGCCAGUGGUCUGUACCGGGCCAUUACGGAGACCCACGCCUUCUACAGGUGUGACACAGUUACUAAUGCGGUGAUGAUGCAGUACAGCAGAGACUUUAAGGGCCACCUAGCGUCACUUUUUCUCAACGAAAACAUCAACCUGGGCAAGAAGUACGUUUUCGACAUCCGACGCACCUCCAAGGAAGUGUACGACCACGCCCGCCGCGCCCUCUACAACUCAGGCGUCGUGGACCUGGUGUCCGGCAGUGGCGAGAGCUCCUCUCCUUCACGCUCCCCGAGCAGAGACGACCAGCAGGACGAGGGGCUGGACUGCGGCAGCUGCCAGCAGAGCCGAGCCUUGCAGGAGCGGCUGCAGAAGCUCAGAGAGGCUCUGUUGUGCGUGAUUUGCUGCGAGGAAGAGAUCGAUGCUGCGUUCUGCCCCUGCGGCCAUAUGGUGUGCUGCCAGACCUGCGCAAAUCAGCUGCAGUUGUGUCCUGUGUGUCGGUCGGAAGUGGAGCACGUGCAGCACAUCUACCUGCCCACCUGCACGAGCCUGCUGAACCUGACGCUGACCGACAACCACCAGCACCGCAGCAGCAGCGUGCCCGCGCCCAUCCACAGAGAGCUGGCGUCUCCUCACAGCUGCUCCACAACAGAGUACGACCACAAGAUGUACCAUGCAUAAAGACAACUCCACCAAACUCCAUUAUGAACACUUUUGACACAAAACCAGACUAAGAUUAAGGUUUCAUUAGGAAUGAACAUUUCUCGACAGGUCUGCGUUUCCUGCCUGGACUCCAAGAACUACCAAACGUAUAUAAGCUCCUGAACAUAUUCAAAUCUCUACACACUGAAACCACUCCCUCAACUAGUGUGUAUCUGGUGUGUUUUUAUUAUUUACCUUGGACUGUCAGUUUGUCUGGUUGGUUCUUAGUAUUGUUGCUAUUUGUUUGCGUGUCAUUCUGUCCAAAUCUUGUUUUGUUUUAAACAUCCCCUGCCACAAGAUGAUUUUAGAUUAGGCUCUUAUUGUCCUUUUUUAAUUAUUGCAUCAGUUGACCUGAUGCGGAAUAGAAACGUGUUUUUGUUUUUUAAUUUGUGUGUCUGUCUGUUUUUUGUAGCUCCAUAUCAGACUCCUAGCCCCAGAACCCGAACUAUAUUAUGAACGUAUGUGUUUGAGAAUAGCUAAUAGCUAAACACUUUUAAUUUUAAUGCUUUGACAUUUUAAAAUUAUAUAUUUUUUUGAUUUGAGAAGGGAAUUUUAUGGAGAGUGAAAUGCAUUUUUUAUUCUUUUUUUAUUCUCUUCUUCCAUGUUUUCCAUGCCAAUUAGGGGGAAUUUGGAGGCUAAGCAGAUCUGCUUCGGGUAUAUUAUCGCAUACUAAUCAGGCGCUAAGGCCAGCCAUGGGCCAGUUCUUUUGCUCUCUGGGUUAAAUGGGGUUCUUUUUAGCCAACCAGAACUGUGACCUUGGCUGUGAAAUGCAGUAUCUUACUGCCACGACCUCCUCCACCUUGAAACGGGACUUGUUGAUUUACUGCCACUUGUCCAAAACAACAAGCCCGGUUUCAUAGACUGCACCUUUCUGUUUUUUUUUCUCUCCAUGCCAACAGAAAGUUAGAAAUUAGAAGCACCAAAUGCUCUUCUACUAGACGCAGUACCACAAGGUUGUAUACAAAGAAAAAUGCGAAUUUUGUCGAGCAGCAGUUGCUUCCUCUAAAAACCUUGGCUAGAAAUGGCUUUCUUUCUCUGGGGUGUACUACUGAGUUCCUUUUUUUUUAAUUUUUUUUUUUUAAGGGUACUAGGAGAUCUGUCUGUGCAAUACUUGUUUGCUUUUUGAAAAGCUUUUUCAUUUUCAAGUUUUUUUUAAAUUUAAUUUCAAAGACUAUUUAAAAGCAAAACAAAAAACAUUGUCACUUUACCAAGGAAGCGUUCCACAUGUCUGUAGGGGGUUUGGCCUUAAUGUAGCAGCAACAUCGUGUUUUUAUUAUACACUUUUCAGAGACCUUUUUUCUGGUUAAAAAAGGAAAUCUUUUAUUUCUUUGAUGCUGACUCGAUUAAGCUCAGUCACUACAGGGGAAGGACUUUUAUUUUUCACAUUGUACAAGUAGCAAUUUGUUUCUGUUUUCUGAAGCAAAAGCCACAAUUCUCUGUAAAAUAACUCAGAAUUAAAUCCUUUUUUUAUAUAUAUAUAUAUUCUGUUUUUAACAAAAGAAAGUAUUAAACAUUUUUAAGAACA